GCUCACGAGAUCGUCAUCAGUUUGCUAUCAAACUUAAAACAAACUAAAGCUUAAACACAACACAUAAUCACAAAAUUAAAAACCAUCAUCAUGAACUUCAACAAAAUGCUUGUCUUUGUUGCCUUGGUAUUGGCUGUCUUUGUUGGCCAUAGUGAAGCGGGAUGGCUGAAAAAGAUUGGCAAGAAAAUUGAACGUGUCGGACAACAUACCCGUGAUGCCACUAUUCAAGCCAUUGGCGUUGCCCAGCAAGCGGCAAAUGUAGCUGCAACAUUGAAGGGGAAAUGAGAGACCUCCUACAUACUUUUAAAAGAGAACUGAUAGAAUAAGAUAAUGUAAAUUAUGUUUAAAUUAUUUAUUAAAAUUGAAAAAUAUUGAAAAAAACAUAAAGACGUUUUUAAAUAUAAUCCUCUUAUAUUUUUUAAUAUUCA